GCCACCGGUUCCAGCUUUGUUUCCGUCAGUCUCUCAGCCACUGGCACUCCCCAGCUUCAGCCGGACGUGGUGGAGGAAGUGAAAAUUGACUUUGCGGCGCUUACGGAGCCUCAAGACCUUCUGCUGUUUGUGGACCUCGUUCGCAAGCCGGUUUGCCGCGCGGAGGAUGGUGACGUUGCAGCGUGGGGGAACGUACUCUAUAAUGUUUUUACCUAGUAUCGGAUAGAGAAUCAGUUUCUUGCACUUUGAGGGCCUACAAGAAGAGUGGAGUUUGUGUCAAAAGUUAGCGAGUGUUUGCUCCAGUCCUGACUAUCCUAUGCCGCUCGAGGCAAGCGGCAUGGAUGUACGUAGUGAAGACGGAGGUCUACUUGCUUUGUUUGUAGGUAGAAUAAUAGGUCUUCUCCGUAGUGAAGACGAAGAUGAAUUACCUUUCCGACAAGAAGUUUGAAACAUUUGCUGCAAUUGCAAUUCAUGAAAGCAAUAUGGUGGUUGCGUGACGUUGUAUAGCUGGCGCUCACUGAAAAUUUAAGAGGGGGCCGCGCAUGAAUUAGUCGAUGGUGCGGUCAGUCAGUGAGCCAGUUAGACAGCUUUUCAGCCAAUCAAGCGAAAAGCUCUGCUAGAAGGCCAACAAGGUGCGCUAGAAAGUGUCUAGUUGUCGAGGCGCAGCUGGGUUAUCGCCUUGGGCGUUGGCCUGUGUGUUUACUUAUCCUAGCAGUGAAGGCAGUGCCGCGCAUAUCCAUUUAGGAGGCGCCAAGGCUAGCUUUCUACGGUUUCAAGCGUGCACUUGAAUAGCGGCUCACGCUCUCCAUUUGUUCUUUCGUACUGAUGUUGGUACUGAGUGGCUGCAGCCGCCACACCCAUGCCGAAUGAGUGCGAAGGCAUGCAGCCUCUUUUAUUCGCCUCACCGUGGAAUAGAUUUUGGGCUACCAAGGUUGACAGGGUUACUCACCUCGCCGCCCGUUGCUUAUGCCUCAUUCCCGUACGAUGGCCCGCCUUAUCCUUUUUCUCUUAAUAGGAGGAUGAAAAUUGAAGCAAACAUCGUAGUGUCCCAUCUCAUCCUUUUUCUCUUAUCAGAGGGAUGAUGCUGAAGAUCCACAGAAGCUUACAGAGCAGAUCUGGGAACGCUCUCGGAAAGUCCGGGAUGCGUUUUUCAACAAGGGCGACCAAUUUUACAACUUAUGAAUUAGUGCAUUAUAACCUAACGCAGCCUAGCCAAUAACAUACAUUAGUCCUCCUUACAAUGCGACAUCCGAAGCUCCUUAGUCAGUGUUACAUUUUUUUCAGUAAUAUCUCCAUCGAAGGCACCGCUCUCAUUUUUACCAUAAGGCCUACUCGGAAGUAUUAAAAGUGAAAGAGCCUUGCUGGGAGAAAGGUAUCUAGGGAUACACGCAUGGUAAAUGUAUCUAGACUUUGGAAUAGUCCCCAUCGACAGGAUUAGAAUAGGAUGAGAAUAGUACCCGUGCGCACUAAAAAGUAUCUGAAGUACCUAAUCCAUUUCAGACCACUAGGUAGUGUUGCUGUUGCCAUGUGCUUUUUUGGUUUCUUGGUGUGGUAGACCCCACGACCGAGGUGGCACAACAAUUAGAUUCUGUCAGUUCUUGCGGAUACCCACCUCCAGGGCCGUAAGUAUCUGCAGUACUUGCGGCAACAUUGAGAGUUGCAAGUUGGCCUCUUUACAGGCAAAUCUAGGCCUAUUCCGAGAAGAAAAGGCAUACCUGUGCCUCUCUAGACAGGCUAACUUCCAACUCCUAAUGAAUGAUAUACCGAAUUCUGGCAUGCUCCUUCUGAGCGUGUCGCUUUUAGGUCAAAUGCAAACCGACUAUCAUCAUAAUUAUCAUGAUGGGCAGUUUAGUCGUUCUAGUAAUUCCAGACUCUUUCUGAGAGUAUAAUGAUGUCGUUCUAGUAAUGUAGUUCCAUAUUCUACUUUCUUUACUUGUUCUAGUGAUUGCUUUGUGUGGUUGCUUCGCGUGAUUGCACCUCUCUAACCUUGAAUCCUAGCAACAAGGCUGCGAAAGUGGUAAAGCAAUUGGUGGACAACUUUCUGGAGAGCCCGAAGAUGAAGGAAAGAGCCCAACAGAUUCUGAAAAAGGCUCUUCGCCCUCGAACUCUCCUUUGCCGCGCGAAAAGCUGGCCUGCCCAAGCGCGAGGCGCUGUGCCGUCAGUUCCUGAGGAUCCGGCAGUUGCUGAGGCUGAGCCAGGUACUCAGAAUCGGGAAGUUCCUGAGGAUGAUGCAGUUGCUGAGACUCCGCAAGUUACUGAGGCUCGGCCACUUACUGAGGCUCCGCCAGCUACUCAGGAUCCGCCAGCUACUCAGGAUCCGGCAGAUACUCAGGAUCCGGCAGAUACUCAGGAUCCGGCAGAUACUCAGGCUCAGCCAGGAACUGGGGAUGUGCCACCGGCACAGGAUUUUAUCCAAAUGACAGAGCCGGCUCAGCAGGUGGGCACCAUGCCUAGUUUUCUCGCCGAACCUGAAAACAACGAUGCGAGGGAAGUGGAAGUGGACAAUAAAGGGAAUCUGUUGGCUGGGGAUUUCCUUGCUGCCCAACAACCGGAGAGCUAAGUUAAGCUGACUCACGAUAACUCAUUUCAAUGACAGACUAUUUUCUCAAGGUUCCAGGAGGACUUCUCCCGUUCAUCUACGGAACUCCCCAAGAUUUCUCAAGGUUCCAAGACUGAGAGCAUCUUGGGGAGAUCCGUAAAUGAACGGAAAACUCCGCUAGAAACCUGGACACCUUAGGGUCUGAUCUGUCGUGGCGUCCCUUUUAAUCCCAAGGGAAACUGCGACAGGUCAAGACACGACGGAUCAAGACACGACGGAUCCAGAAAACUAGUACAGCGAAAUGAGCUAUUUUGACUUCUAAUCGAAAAGGAGAAGGGAGGUGGUUUGAGGAGACUCUUCUGGAGGGGAGAUAAUCAUCGCCCAGGAGGUGGUUUGAGGAAAGUCUUCUGGAGGGGAGAUAAUCAUCGCCCAGGAGGUGGUUCUAGGAGAAUCUUCUAGAGGUAAAGUUCUAUGAUACUACGACGACGUGGGGGGCAAGACUAGAACUACUUAUGGGCGUUAAUUAUGGGCGUUAAUUCUAUCUUGUAUUUAGUUUCGUUCGUGUUAGGGGAUGUGUUAGAUUAUGGCUCAUCUAUUUCCUUCUGGGCGAAUCUAGUACGGCUGGAGACUCUUUGAUCGGUCCGCUUGUGGUCGCGAGUGAAGAGUGAAGAGUGGGGACCUCGGUCUAGGUUCUUUCACGACUCACUCUUCUUCCACGACUCACUCGCGGAUGUCCGCGUUUCACUAGGUAUUUCUUUGAUUUUUUGGGGUCUGUUAAUGCUAGACGCGUGUGGAAGGAUAUGGUGACUUCCUCUGCAUGAUAAGGGAGCCCUGCAUACCUUUUCGCUGUACCUUUCCACUGUACUACCUUUUAAAGGAUUCCCCUUGCAAGACACGGGGGAUCUCCUCCGGGGAAGCUAGGGGGGAAAAAGUGGCAACGCACUCAACCCAGGGCGGGGCGAUAAUCUUCUAGUAAGAAAGCCAAGUGUCUAGCGUUAAAUAUGGGAGAAAAAAAGUUUCACCAUGGGCAUGACGAAGUUCUUGUGUGUGCAUCAUUCGGACGAAAAGCUGUCUGUUUUGUAUAUGCAUCAUGUGCUCUUCUUCUAUCAACGGCCUCAAAAAUUCCGUUAGGUAGGACGGACAUUUUUCUCAUAUAACAAGUACCUCGCAAGAUGCAAAGACCAAUACCUACCUAUAUAUGUUCCAGGGGUGCUGGAGGCCAUCUCAUACGGAUAUAAUAUCUAUGAUCUAGGUGUCGUUGUUGAGGUGAAGACCUGUCUUCAGACGAAGUCAAGGAUCCUCGAGAUCUCUUCUACGACACCUAUGAAAAUGUUAAGCUCGCGAAAGUGCUAGCUACUACAGACCGAAUGAUAGCUACUACAAAUGCUAGCUCUUGGCACGAACAAAGAUGACUUAGUUAUAACUACUCCUACAAUUACGACAUUACUUCUCAGGGGGACGUGAGUGUGAGAUGAUAAUGUGUGAGGAGACAAGGGGUGACAGCCAAGUAAUCUAGACGCUCAACGUGUGCCAACACUAGAAUGCUAUUUGCUUAUUUUCAGUCGCUGAUGGUUGGGAAGCGCUAUCAGAUGCACUGGCGAGGAGGGUGAUGUUGAACAAAGUGUCUCUAUGAUUAUGAACCUUGAAAAAUUGGUUCAUGAUCUCUUGCCGAGCUUUGUCCAGCUACUACUUCUUUCGGAAGUAGGGAACGAAGUGAUCGACCAGCAAGCAGAGGGAGAAGCACUUGUUUGGUCUAGAAGUCUUUUGGUCUAGCAAGCAGAGGCAGAAGCAAGCACUUGAUGCUUGGUCUGCAGCCACUUGUUUUGUCUAGAAGUCUUCGUCCUGGCAGUUUUUCUAGAGAUAAGAUGUGAUCGGAGCAUGAGAAAAUAUAUUCAACAAUUAAUCAUAUUCCUUGAUCUGAGUAAUAAGUGAGAUGAAUCAACAACUAAUAUGUAAAGAAGUAAGAUGUUCUUGUCGUAUCUGUGAAGCCCGCUCACCCUUGAUGAUGUCCAUAGGCGUGGAUGAACCGGAAAACUGGGUACUGAGAGGUGAACGAGCCUGCACUUAUUGGUGAUCUUUACCUAUCGGAGAAGGAUAAGUUGUUGGCCUGUUCACUUAUCAGCACACACAUAUCAGGGGUGGCACACACUUAGUAUCAGGGGCACAAACUCAUUGUCAGGGGCACAGCGACGAGAAUAAUCAAUAAUUAUUAUGAGCGCGACACGUGGGCGUCGAUAGGGUCGCGCGCGAACAUAAAAAUAGUGGGAAUAAUUAUAAAGAGAUAGAAUUAAUAAGAAAAAAAAAUUACGAGCUACUGCCUGCCAACGAGAGCCGCCUGUCUUCGGACCAAACUUAUUUUGCAAUUUACUUUCUCGCCACGCGUCGGUCGAUCAUAGUGCCUAUAUAGAUCCUAGGUAGUUUCGGUCGAUCAUAGUAGAAGUGCCUAUAUAGAUCCUAAAUAUCUAGUAGAUAGUAGAAGUGCCUAUAUAGAUCCUAAAUAUCUAGUAGAUCCUAGGUACUAGAUCAUAGGUACUAGAUCAUGGGUACUAGAUCAUAGGUACUAGAUCAUAGGUACUAGAUCAUGGGUACUAGAUCAUGGGUACUAGAUCAUGGGCAGUAGGUCAUAGGUAGAUCACAGAGACCCGGUUCGCUCAGUCUCAUAGUGUUGGCAGACGAGACAUAGUGUUGAUCAUGAAACACAAAGACUUGGGCUUGAACUUCUUGAAACAAGCAUCAAGCUCAAGGGACAGUUGGAUUGACGCACUAGCUACGACAACUUAGGACUCCUACUUCUACCACGAGCCCUCUUGUUCUACAACAUUAUUGUAUUAGGCCCUCACAAGAUCUCUUUGACCUGCUCAAUCUUGGGUCAAAAACAGGUAGAGGGUCCCCCAUGUUUAGAGGGAGGCCAUCCUGGCACUCAUUUGCUUCAAGGGGAAGAAAAACAGACAGGAAGCUGGUCCGCGUCCUCUAGAGGGGAGAAAAAACGCCAGUCAAAGGUACUAGUCUUUGUUGACACCACACCUCUCCUGACACUUCUCCUCUCGGUCUCUCUAGAAUGACACUAGAAGGAGGCAAGGUUGAGGAGGCAAGGUUGAGGAGGGGAUGUCCUGCCUUCGUAGCAAUACCUAGCCGAACUAUGAAUAAACCGCGUGUAGCCUGCAUAGGCAUGAAAAGUGUGAUACUGAGUGAGAUGAUGAUUACUAAUUGGACACGAUGAUCCAGCUACGGACAAGAAUGAGCUGAAAUAAUCUGAAAUCAUCAAUCACUCACGAUAGAUAGUCUACUGGAGUACCAGAACUCUUCUGAAGCACCUUCAGUGAAUUUUCCAGCUUUCCUCGCUUUGAGGAUGAUGUGGCACAGAGCAGCUAUGUGUUGAAGAUGAGCUAAGGACUCCUAUUGAAAAUUAUGGUGCAUAUUAAGCUAAUCAUGAUGCAUAAGCUCUUCUUCUCUCAUGCUGCACUAUUAAGCUAUGUGCUGCUGAUGGGUGGACAUAGAGAGGAGGCUCCGGUGCUCUGGGCUACACACUUGUCUGCCCGUUGCAUCUUGUUUCACAUUCUUGAUAUUUAAAUUCUUGAUAAAAAAUAGUAGAGUCAGUAAGUAACUACUAGGAAAUAAUUGAGAAUUAUAUAUAAGUGAUCAUUAUCAGUAGAAGUAAAAAAAAGUAAUAUCAUAUGAUGAAUAUUGAAUAGGAAGUAAAUUGAAUGUAAGUAUGAUGCAUUACACUGGGGGUAGAAGUUUGUAAGAUUUAAUAAUACAAGUAAUUUGUAGUUGCAUCGAAGUAAAAGCUAAAACAGUUAGUUAGAGAAUUACUAAGCAGUACCGUGAUAAUACGUUGGAAAAUAUUCUUCAAUGAUAAUAAUACUAGAUCUCGAUGAUCAUGAGGAUGAUGAUAAAUUGAUGAUUAGAGAAGUGCCUUCACAUAGUGACUCAGUCAGUUGUUAGUCGUUGGAAGAAUAUACUAAGAGGACAAUUGCCUCACAUCACCCUACAAGAAAAUACUAAGAGAAGUGCCCUAAGAGAAAAUACUGUAAGAGACGGGCGCAGAAAUGCCUGAGUCGCGCCUGCUGGGAGAAGAGAAGUACUCGCCUUCACAUGGAAUAUGAACUAAAAACCAGACUUUUUCUUCCACCCUCUGCGAAUCUUCUUCUUGCACCUUCAGCGCAUCUUUUUCUACUCUUCGAACUAACUAACUGUAUUGACUUCUAUCUACUGUAAUGUCUGUGAUGGAGGCUAGGGGGUUCUCUGACCAUCUACGAAAUAAGUUGAUCUCUGUAACUAUCUAAUGUCUACUGCAUGUUGAUGUUGCCUCUUGCAUACUUAUUUAUAAUCUGUGCUUCUUUUUGUCCGGCGGUAGCUAGCUAGACUAAAAAUUUGCUACGCAAGACGAGGUGCCAUGACUAAAAAUGUACCCUUCCAACCCUUAGAAGCUAACAUGAGGUUCUUGCUCUUCAUACUCUAUGAUUAGAUGCGAUCUUCCUGAUAUUCGAUAGAUUAGAGAGAGAUGACUUUGACUUAGUUGACUCAGUUCAAUCUUGAAUUGAGUCAACUCGAAAAUUACGUUUUUUAUAGAGCAAGCAUUGACGGCCUGGACGCUUCCGAAGAGACUGCUCAAAGCCACCGCUGAGAGACGCACAAAGCCACCGCAGAGGGAGCAUCCUAUGUAUGCCUUUACAGGGAUUGCGACUGCGGUUGCUCUAGUGUCGAAAAGAAGCGAUUGACAUCAUCUCAGGUAUUUUUAAAUUUGCAACUUGUACUUUCGACACGUGCGAGGCGGCAGGGUCGCGCGCGAACAUAAUAAUGAUAAUAAUACUUUUCAGAUUGGUCAUCUUCUAAGUGCUCUGCCUAGAAGGUUGCGUCUCAGUUUGUUGAAGCAUCGCCCUUCGUAUCUAUACUAGGUAGUCGUCUCUCUCUCUCUCUGAGUCGUCUACUACCUAGCUUCUUAAAUCUGAGUCGUCUUGAAACACUUAGAACCUCAGUCGUCUAGUACUUAGUCUUUCAUUCUCAGGAGGCCCAGUCGAUGCUCUGAAAUCUGGCUGAUGUAGGACUGUUGCAUAUAUUCGUUGUUGCCUACAUUGACUCCGAAGUGUAAAACACUGUAAACCAAUUGCAGCUGGAAGGAGGUGCUGUGGCAGCGCAUUAGUUGAUGUAAAAACUUGAACAGCGUUGUAUGAUAGUAUUGGAGCAUAUUCUGAAUUGUGUACGAGAUAUUGAUCCUGUAACAAAGACGACGUUCGCUGCUGAUGACGUCAAAAAAACAUUAUGCUCUGAUGAAUGGAUGAUCUAGAAAAUAAAUCGAGAAUUAUAGUUAAAAAAACAAAAAAUGGAGAAUAAUUAGAAGGCAGGUUAUGGUAUGGCAGUGCUCGCAAAAAAAACAAAAAA